AUGUCGGAUUUCGAGGACGAGAUGGACGUUGACGUCCCUGCGCCGUCCAAGGACAUCACUCUCUCAUCUGACAACACCGCCAAGGGCAAACGAAGUGCAGCCAACCUGCCCGUCGAAGCCGAGGACAGCUUGCCAUGGGUCGAGAAAUACCGUCCAGCAACCCUCGCCGACGUCUCUGGCCACCAAGACAUCCUCGCUACGAUCAACAAGUUCGUCGACUCAAACCGUCUCCCUCACCUCCUCCUGUACGGUCCUCCCGGUACAGGAAAGACCUCGACGAUUCUUGCUCUCGCCCGCCGCAUCUAUGGCGCCGACAACAUGCGACAGAUGGUUCUUGAACUGAACGCCUCCGACGACCGUGGCAUUGACGUCGUACGCGAGCAAAUCAAGACCUUUGCAUCAACCAAGCAAAUAUUCACCAUGGGAGGCUCGGGCAGAGGAAGCAACAGCCUGGCGGCUUACAAGCUGAUCAUUCUGGACGAGGCCGAUGCCAUGACGAAUACAGCACAGAUGGCUUUGCGUCGCAUCAUGGAGAAGUACACGGCCAACACUCGAUUCUGUAUCAUCGCCAACUACUCGCACAAGCUGUCACCUGCAUUGUUGUCGCGAUGUACGAGGUUCAGAUUCAGCCCGUUGAAAGAGGCGGACAUUAGGGUGCUUGUUGACAAGGUUAUCGAGGAGGAGCAUGUCAAAAUCGACUCUGACGCGACCGAGUCGCUGGUCAGGCUCAGCAGGGGUGAUAUGCGUAGAGCGCUCAAUGUGCUGCAGGCCUGCCACGCAUCCAGCACCCCGCUGCAGCCACGCGACGCCCCGAAAAUAGCAGAGGGGGACAUUGUCAGGGAGACCAUCACUCUCGAGACCAUUUACAACUGUAUCGCCGCGCCGCCUCCAGACGCCAUCCAGGACAUAUUGCAAACGUUGCUGAGCACUAGCGAUGUGACGUCUUGCCUGUCAACCGUCAACACGUUGAAGGCCGCAAGGGGUCUCGCACUCGCUGACAUUAUCACGGCCCUGGCGGAAGAGGUCGCCAAACUACAGGUCAAGCCGGAGGUCAUGAUUACAUGGCUGGAUGCUCUCUCACAGAUCGAGCACAGGAUGUCUGGGGGCGGCUCAGAAGCUGUCCAGACCGGCGCUGUUGUCGGCGCCAUACGGAACGGUGUUGAGCUCAUGGGCUAA